UGUGGUAACAUUUAUCGCACUCUUACUUAUCAAAAAAAAGAGUGAAUUAUAAUUCACUCUUUUUUACUCGCAGCUUGUCGCUCCGUGGAGGAUGAGGACUCUGGUUUGAAUCAACAGGGACAAACAAUAAACAGUAAAGAGCGUCGGUCCAGCUGCCUGAUCUCCUAUUUUCAUAUUUAGAGCCAAUUCAUCCGGACUGAGUCAAAAUGCAGCAGCCUGAAACCCAGCAGCCAACUCAGCAAACAGCGACAGAAAUACUGGAUCCAGCAGUUCAGUACAUGCGUCGGAGGAGAUCAGCUCUGUGGAUGACCGUAUCUCUGCUGCUUCUGGCUCUGGUGGUGCUGACUGUGGGUCUGAUCUCUGCCACUCGCACUGACAAUGUGCCUGUUGCUGGAUAUUACCCAGGCAUCACCCUGAGUUUUGGAGCAUUUCUGGGCAUUGUUGGCAUUCACCUGGUGGAAAACCGCAGACCCAUGCUCAUGGCAGCGAUCAUAUUCAUCAGUAUCGGAGUUAUUGCGUCUUUCUUCUGUGCCAUUGUGGACGGGAUCAUCGCAUCAGAGUUCAUUGACACAAGGCCCUUGCAAGAGGACAUGUGUGACUUCUACGCCAGUGGAUCGGGGUACGCCUACGACAGCUACUAUACUGAGGUGACGUGCCGUUCAUUCGACAAAGCGUGCAAGCUGAAACUGAGGAGCAACACCUGCUACUGCUGCUACCUGUACAACUGUGAGAGCUUAGAGUAUCACACGCAGUACUAUGAGUUCACCGGGGUCAGCAGCUGCUGGGAUGUGAUCCACCUGCACCGUCUGCUGUGGGCCUCAGUGGUGCUCAACGUGAUCGGCCUGUUCCUGGGAAUCAUCACUGCCGCCAUCCUCGGAGCGUACAAAGAUAUUCAGAAGCCGACUCCGCAGAUGGCUGCCAGCCCCACGCCGCCACCCCACAUCCUGUACAACCCCAACCAGCACAUGCUCACCUACGCUGGCUUCUGUCCUUCGGGACAGACUCUGCCCGCCUACCCCAACUAUCCAAUAUCCAUGCAGCACAACAACGGUUAUCAGCCACCUGCUACUCCCCAGAUGAUCCCUGAUGGAGGCCCUGCAUCCAACUCCUGCCUGUCUGAGGAGAACCAGAACCAGAACCAGCAGCCCUCUCAGGCUCCCACCCAGCCACAGCCUCAGGGAGCCACCCAGGAACCAGGGGGCUACAUGCUGACACCCAACGCUCCUGUCCUCUAUGGAUCUGCCUACAACCCCUUUGAGAAACCUCCACCUUACGCCUGCUGAGCCCUUAGAUAAACACAUGGAGAAAAAAUAUCUUGAUCUGGUCAGACUGAAUGUAGCACAAGACAUUUCAUAGGUGACGUUGUUGAUGGAAAACACUCAGUGAGCUUCUCGACUACUCUGUACUGAUGUAAAUGCUACGUUUCAUGUGGUCGCGCUGAAGAGAGACACAGAUUUAUAGCUAUGUAGUGUGAUUAUAUAGACAUGAUUAAGUUGUUUCAUGUGUAUUCAUUAAAAGAAAUGGUUUGGGAAAUACACGUAUUUGCUUUUUGUGCUGAGAGUUAGGUGAGAAGAUUGAUACCACUGUCAGUAUCUUUUGGCAAAUCUGAAGCUACAGCUAACAUCUGGCUAGCUUAGCUUAGCACAAGUUGAAAACAGGGGCAAACCGCUCGCCUGGCUGUGUACAAAGGACACAAAAUCCACCUACCUACCAGCCUCUCUAAAGCUCUCUAACUUACUGCCCAUCUCACUGUCAGCAAGAAAGCAUAUAAGUUGAUUUCCCAAAAAGUCAAACUUUUUCUUUAAGCCUAAAGCUGGCCUUCAGAUGCUUACAUAUUACAUAUGAAUACGUGUAUACAGUGCUACACUUGACUGUGAUCUGAUUGUGGUUCCUGUUAUAACUUAGUGUAGAUUGGAUUACAGGUCUUCCUGCGUAUUGUCUCACUAUACUAACUCCUGUUCAAGCAGUUAAAAAGGGCUUUCUUGAAAUGCGAACCGGAAAGUAAAUGACGCUGAUGUUGCUGUUAUUUAA